GCUCUUCCAGGCACUUCUCGCACCCGUCUCGCGCGUCCGUUUCCCCACCCAUUCCAUCUGAUCCAUCUCUUGGCGGAUCUCUUUGCGGAAGGAACUCAAUAAGGAUGGAGAAGGCACAUGUACAGGAACAUUCACGGACGUCGGCGUCAUCGACGGACGCUUCCGAUGAGAAAGGGCGCGCGCGGCAGAUCGAGGACGUCGGCGUCGCCGCCGAUAGGGAGAAAAACGCGGUGGACGCCCGCGGCGCGGGCGAGAUCGAUACGUCCGGGGUCGACGAGCGCAAGCUGCUGCGCAAGCUCGAUCUGGCGCUCAUACCGUGGCUGUCGUUCUUGUAUCUGCUGAGCUUCCUCGACCGCACGAGCAUAGGCAACGCGAAGCUUUAUGGUUUGGAGAAGGACUUACACAUUAAUGAUUCGCAAUAUAACAUUGCACUCAUGAUCUUCUUCAUUUCUUACGCGAUAUUCGAGGUGCCUUCGAACGUUUUCCUGAAGCGUCUUAGGCCCUCGAUCUGGCUCUCGCUUCUCAUGUUCCUGUGGGGCAUCAUGAUGACCGUACAGGGACUGGUACACAACUACGGAGGGUUGUUGGGCAUGCGAUGGAUGCUCGGUUUAUUCGAGGCUGGGUUGUUCCCUGGAGUCAACUUCUACCUCUCUUGCUGGUACAAGCGCUCGGAAUUUGGCAUUCGAGCAGCCAUCUUCUUCGCGGCCGCGACUGUCAGCGGCGCUUUUGGCGGCCUAUUGGCUGCCGCCAUCGCCAACAUGGAUGGUGUCGCUGGCAAACCCGGCUGGGCAUGGAUUUUCAUCCUCGAAGGCCUCAUCACCGUCAUCGCCGGCGCGCUCUCGCCCUUCAUCAUCCAAGACUUCCCCGACACCGCCAAGUUCCUGACCGAGCCCGAGCGCGCGUUCAUCGUGAAGCGGCUCCAGUCCGACAACCAGUUCAGCGCCGCGGGCGAGGACCUCAAGUGGAAGUAUAUCCUCAAGAGCCUGUUGGACGUCAAGACUUGGAUCGCGAUGCUGGUCUAUGCGGGCAGUGACGGGCCGUUGUAUGCGUUUUCCCUGUUCCUGCCGAGCAUCAUCAGCCAGCUCGGAUUCAAGGCUACGCCGGCGAACCUGUUGACUGUUCCCGUCUAUGUCUUCGCCUGCAUCGUCACCAUCGCGGCCGGGUUGUACGCCGAUCGGAAAGGCCGUCGCGGUAUACAAAACAUGGUUUUCCUGUGCGUCGGUGCUGUCGGCUACAUCAUCCUCAUCGUGUCGCGGAACGCGACGUUGUCGUAUAUCGCUGUGUAUCUCGCCGCUGCCGGGAUUUAUCCCAACAUACCGAACACGAUUGCAUGGGUAUCCAAUAACGUCGAAGGGUCAUAUAAACGCGGUGUUUCUCUGGCCAUGGUGAUAGGAUUCGGCAACAUCAACGGGGCCGUCUCCUCCAACGUGUAUCGAGGGCAGGAUAAACCGUGGUACACGCUCGGGCACGGCAUCGUCUUGAUGUACAUCGGAAUCGGAUUGAUCACGUCCGUCAUAUACUACAUCGUGCUUCGGCGCGAGAACGCGGCGCGCGACCGCGGCGAUCGGGACGAGAUCAUCAAGGGCGUCAACGACGACCCGGCGACGCUCAACUCGCGUCUGGCGGCGAACGGCCGGUUCGAGAGCGUCGACGACGCGCAGAGGGAGAAGGGUGACGAAUGGAGCGGAUACCGCUACACGUUAUGAGGGAGCCGCCGGUCCUCCAGCACCGAGCAAACGACAUAUCAUGUAUCCAUAGAUUGUUUGACUGUAUGAAACCCGUGAUCACAACAAGGGUAUAUAAGUCGAGUAACAAAACAAGCUGGGUGCGAAGGUCGAAGUUUCCGGGUAAUUCGGCAGCAACCACCGCCGACCAUGCAGAUCUUCAUGGACACAACAUCCCGUUCUUGGCCUGAUGACCUGGCGAAGCUUGCAAGUGGUUCUUGAGCUGAUAUGGCCGGGUGCGCUUGAAGGUUCUCCCACAGGAGCAGCGCAGAUCGGGCAGCUCCGUAUGCACCUCCUUAUAAUGGCGGCUGUAGUCGCGCUUGUGCUUGUACUUGCAAGUGCAUGCAGGGGCCGGGCAGCCGAAGUGGCCGUUGGCGAGUAGGACAGCAUCGGGGUAUAUGGUGGGGUCUGCUAACGUGUCCGCAGUACCUGAAAUCUCAGAUGUCGCCGAAUCCGACGACGGCGGGGUCUGCGGGGGAGAUUGUGCAGCCGAGGAGACCGUCUGCAACUGACCCUGUGCUUGCUGCACGAAAUCGAGCAAGCCGUCGUGGCGAGGGUGAGUGAACGCGCCC